CUUCCGGAGCAGUCCAAAAUGGCGGCUGGCGUGGGUGACAGGGACCCGCUGCUACGGCUGAGACGCCACCUGAGGGAGGAGGUAGAGCCCCAGGCACUGCUGCUACAGCCUCCCCCUGAAGAAUCUACAAAUGUGGAGAAAAAAGAGAAGCCUCUUCCCAGACUUAAUGUUCACUCUGCAUUCUGGAUUUUGGCAUCAAUUGCUGUGACAUACUAUGUUGAAUUUUUUAAAACUAUUAAAGAGACCAUUCAAGCAGAUAGUUGGUGCAUUGUUCUCGGCAGCUGUUUGUUGGUUGCAAGCUUAGCUAUUGCUUUUUACUGCAUAAUAUAUCUAGAAUGGUAUUGUGGAAUUGAGGAUUAUGAUGCCCAGUAUCCAGUACUGAUACCUGUCACAACUGCCACUUUUAUUGCAGCAGCAGUUUGUUUCAACAUUGCCUUAUGGCCUGUAUGGUCAUUUCUCACCCCUCUGUUGCUGUUCACUCAGUUUAUGGGUGUUGUGAUGCUUGUGUCCCUGCUGGGAUGAGUCACCUAAGGUAUCAAGAAAUCUGCCUUUGCAAGGAGGUAACUAACUUGGUUCGCUACACUGUGUGCAAACUUUAAAUACUAUGGGUUCCUUGUGAACCUCUGCUGAAAAACAUGGCAAUAUUGUAUUUCAAAACUUUAAUAUCACAGAGUCUGAUUCACAUUUACAAAAGCAAAUCAAUUCAACAUUCAUGCCAGUUCAUCUGUCACUAGCCAUGUUAUUGUUGGAAUUUGUAGGGGGAAAAGGGGUGCAUGUGCUGCAGUGCUCAGAAGCUACUAGAUUGAGUUAAAGAACUGAUCAAAUUAAGGUGUCACUAAAGAGUCACAGUAGGGUCUGUUAGUAGCAGAUGUCUGGAAUGGGAAGUUAGUUGGAUAACAUCUCUUCUGAAUAGUUGACAUUGACAAGAACUUUCAACUUGAACAGCACAAGUGAAUUCAGAACGUAACCUCUGAAUUGUGUACUGAAUUUAAUGAUGCAGACUCAUCAAAUCAUAGUGCAGUAUAAGUGUGUGUGCAGAGCCUAAUUUGAAAUUGACUGAAAACUGUUGCCCCUCCAAUAUUUUUUAAGUUUUGUUUCCAUAAGCUUUGUAUGUAAAGAGCUCACUGUUUCAAAUGAUAAGGCAACAGUUUCCUUUUAAACUAAAUUACCGUGCUCUGUCAUACCUUUUAAAAUUGAUAAUUCUGAGAAUCUCUGCUUAAACUCAAAAGUUGUGUAGUAUCUCAGACAAUAGCUUGUCAGUUGUUUGACUUUUAUCAAAAAAGUAUAAAUGCAGUAAUGUAGAACCCUAUUUUAGUGACCCAAAACUUAUGACCCUACUAAAUAUUUCUUGACAAAGUUUAUGUAUAGUAUUACAAAGGUAGGUAACAAGCGAGGGAUGUAUUCUUAAAUGCAUUUUGUUUAAAAAUAAUAAUCAGUUGACUUGGAACCACUUGAGAUUUUGAUUUAAAUGAUUUGCCACUUAAUACAAUUAAACCUUAUUCAUUCCACUUGAAUUCUAAAAGUAAUCCUACAAUAGAUGGCAAUUCUAACCCAGGCUUAUACCCAAAGAGAUGAGCUUCUGGCUGUCUAUCAGUUCAAUUUUUGUUUGUGUAUCUUCUGCUAAGUUAUUGGUAUUUGGAAUCCGUGAAUCAGGCUCAGUCUAGAUUGACAAUGUUUAUAAACUUCUGGUAUGCCAUAUUUGAUCUUUAAAGAAAUAUUCUGUUCUAUUGGCUGUUACUGUACCUCCGUUAAAAUUUUGGGGCCAGAUCAUCUGCAAUAGCAAAGAAGCCACAUGCAGGUAUGGGAGGAGGCCUUUAAAGAUGGUGUAAACCUCACCUUUGCACACCCUUGAUCCUGGUACCAUUGUUAGCCACUUUAGUAUCCCUGGCAUAAAUUAGAGCAUCUCAAAUGAAUGGGUGCUACUAGAGGUUCCCCCUUUGCUGGUGUGACCCUCCCGUGGCUGAAUGGCCAGAUUCUGCCAGCAGUGUGCAGCCAUGCUGCAACAGAAAAUAUGUCCUAUGUCUAGAAAAAUUGAUCCAUAAAGUACUAAUACAUAUUUGUGUUUCUUUGCCAAUUCAGACAUGUACAUUUAAGAUCUUUCCUAGAGAAAGUAAGUUAUGAAAAGGACAAGUGCGACUUAUUCCCUUGAUGUUUGUUUGCUUCUCUGAUACAAGAUUUGGGGAAUUAAAUUGCACUGUAUUCACCAUUCCUCCUCGCUGUCUGCUGUUAAAUUAUUUUUGUGUAUUACAUGGAAGAGUGCCUAUUAACCAGAUUUCCCUUUCCUUUCUUAACAAGAAGGAAAUCUACUGUAAAUGUAAAGGUAACUAAUAUAAAUUUAAAGGCAACUAGUCAUGCAACAGUGGGAAUGUAAACUGUUUGUACUGUUUAUAAUGCUAAAUUUACUCGUUUUCGGAGGCUGUUGACUGAGUCCAACUAUUUUUGUUGAGUUGUUUCAGAUUUAAGACUGGCAAUUGCUGCUGCAUCAUUUCGCUAAUACUUUGUCAAUUGUGUGUGUAUGUUAAGUAUUUGAGUGUACACCUCUACCCCUAUAUAACGCGACCUGAUAUAACACAAAUUUGGAUAUAACGCAGUAAAGCAGUGCUCCGGGCGGGCGGGGCUGCGCACUCUGGGAAUGAAAGCAAGUUCGAUUAACGUGGUUUCACCUAUAACGCAGUGAGAUUUUUUUUUUUGGCUCCCGAGGACAGCGUUAUAUCGGGUUAGAGGUGUAUGUUUAUCAUGUGCGAAUAUGCGUGUGUAGGUUAUUGAAAUUUGUCAUAUUGAUAUAGUCAUAGAACAGACUAUCUGCCAUUCUAAUUUUAUAAAUGUUGUUAAUAACAAUAAUUGGAUAUUCUAAAGGCAGAAUAAAAUGUAGUAGAUUUUGAUAGGAAGGAAGGAAGGAAGUAUCCGUGACUAAAAAGGGUGUAUUUCCGAUUACAAUCAACAUUGUGCUCUUAAUCAAUGUUUACGUCAAACAUUUGAUGAAAUUCAAAUAGUGACUCAUAGUUAGUAAGUGACAUGUAUUCUGUAUCCUUUACUUUUAAUAGUGAACAAGAAAAAGAACUGAUGGGGAAAAAAAAAUGAAAUUUUAUUCCUAUUUUCAGUUGAUGUAGCCUCAUGGCAGAUAGAUAUGUAGACUAAAUAAUGAAAUUAAUAAUUUUCAAGCCAAACGUGUAUUAAUUCUAAUGAACAAUGCCACAUUAUGCAGUGUUCAUUUUUUGAAAGUUUAUAAUAAGCGAUGCUCUGGGGGGAGGAGGAUGGGGGGGGGGGGGGCGGUGCAAGGUGGAAGUUUUGCCUAGGGCGCAAAAUAUCCUUGCACCGGCCCUGACUGAAAGCAUGCAACGUAAGUGACCCAUCAAAUUAAAAUUAUAUUUGUAUUAUUUGAACUAGCUGGUACAAUAAGUUGAUCCUUGAGUAAGUCUCUUAAUUCUAACCUUUCAUAUCUAAUGAGAGCGAGAAAUAUUCUCAAAUAAUAAAAGGGAGACUUUCCAGAGGCUCGGGGUUUUCAACUUUUCUUGUUUAAAAAAUUCCUACAGUUUCUGCAUGUGUAUAUAUGUAAAUUUGAGAUGUAUUUUGUUUAUCAUGAUGCCUCAGGUAUAGUAGUUCUGUCAUUGUAUACAUCAAGUACAUAAAUUGGUUACUUUCAAUCUUAAAUUGUAUGUUUGCAUUAAUAAAACACUAUGCAGCACACGUAAUUUUACAAAGCUGUUCUGUCUGGAAGCUUUUAAUAAAGUUUAUGUACAGAUGA